AUGCCAAACAAGCCCCAUGCGCCCCGUGCAGGGUCGAAGAAAACCGCACCUCCGCCCGCAGACGGCGAUGACACCAGCUUUAUCGUCUUCUCGAACGCGAAAGGUGAAUCAAAGAAAGGCAAGGGAGCCAAAACAGCCUCAGGAAACACCACGGCAGAUGAAAAGAGCAAGGUCAAAGGCAAAGAACCAGCGGUACCAGCUGAAGAUGCGCCCAAGAAGCCUGAUACCCGGACCUUGAUUGGCGGCGCAUCAUGGACCGGAAAGUUGCCUGUAAACAUGCUCAGCGAGCACUGUCAGAAAAUGAAAUGGGACAAGCCGGAAUAUACUAUGCACAAAACGCCAGAGGGAUUCAUUUCCAAUGUCAUUCUAAGGACAGUAAAUCCUAAGACGAAAGAGACGAUUACGCUCCCACCAUUUAAGGUGCCACCCCAACUCAAGAGUGCGGCGGCCCAGCCUACAGCUGUCGAAGCCCGCCACUUCGCGGCCGCUUAUGCGCUAUUUCGUGUCUGUAACAUGCGGAACAUCCACAUGAUGAUGCCGCCUACAUACCGGGACCUGUGGAAGGGCGAGUUUCAAGAUAUGAAGAAGCAAGAUGUAGCAGCAGGCAUGGGCUGGAUGUACGAAGCCGAUCCGUUCGUUGCGCAAAAAGAACGAGAAGAGGCCCUCGCCAAUGCCGAGAAGAAGAGACAAGCGGCGGCGGCGCAAAGAGAGGCGGAAAAGAGUGCUGGUUCCACCGGUCCUGGUCCUGGGGGUGCGCAUCUUGCUGGAAACAGCGGCAACCGCAUGAAGGGCUGGACAAGGGUACCGAAGGUCGAGAUGGGCAAGCGGACACGCGCGCAGGUCGAACGGAUGAUCAGGACUCAUGCUGUAUGGAAUCCGCAUGAUGUCCACUUGAGCCGAGCCCAAAGAGCACACAUCAUUGACGAGGUCACGGGUCUUGGCUUUCGCCGUAGUCACGUUGAAGAAGCUGCGGACACAUGCAAAGACCGCGAAGAGGUCCUUGAGUGGCUUCUCAUACAUGUGCCGGAAGACGACUUGCCGCAGUGGUGUCUCCCCGAAGGCUAUACAGCCGGCAUUAGCAUGGCUAGUCACGAUCUUAAGCGCCAGGCGGCCAUCCAACGUUUAGCUGCUGCAGGCUAUGCGCUGGAACUGUGUGAAGAGACGCUCGACUCCUGCAACGGAGACGAAGGAAAAGCCGCGGCUUUGCUGCAAGCGCGCCUACUCGAAGGCAAUCCAGUGCACAUUGACGGCGCCCAGGAAGCAACCGCCGAUUCUAUUGAUGCUUGGAAGGAGGAACAGGAUGUUCUUACAGCUAUCUACGGCGACAGACUCGGGACAACAUCUGAUACCUGUCAGAUUAAGCUCGAAAUUGUACCCCCUACUGAUAAGGCUUUUACCUUGCUCCUGCGUAAGCCUCCAGGACCUUAUCCUAAUGCUGUGCCUAUCAUGGCAGUGCAUGCAACCAUACCAGCCUAUAUACGACUAAGCAUCAUUAAGCGCGCGCUACUAUAUGCACAAGAAAACUUUCUAGGCGAGCAGAUGAUUUUCAACUUGGUGGACUGGCUGGAGCACGGAAUACCUGGCAUUUUGGAGAACCCUGGAAGGCUGAGCGACGUAGCGACCGCGGUUGCCGCCGCAGAUACCAACGCAACAACGGAUGGCUCCCGUCAAAAAGGCCGUCGGAACCGGUAUUUGAGACCUGUCAAUUGGCGACCCGGGACAGACAUCAGCAAUCGCAUGCUGCGUGAAUGGCAAGCCAAACAAAGCACCCCAGCCCAACAAAAUAUGAUGCGCGUACGGCAAUCUCUUCCAGCGUGGAGACUACAAGAGGCCAUCGUCCAUGCAGUCAACAAUCACCAAGUAACUAUCAUAUCAGGCGAGACUGGCUCGGGCAAAUCGACUCAGUCCGUUCAGUUCAUCCUUGACAACUUGAUCCAGCGCCAGCUGGGUGAGGCGGCCAACAUCGUCUGUACCCAGCCCCGCCGUAUCUCUGCGCUAGGUCUUGCCGACCGUGUAGCGGAGGAGCGAUGUUCCAGAGUUGGAGAAGAGGUGGGCUAUUCGAUUCGCGGCGAAUCUAGACAUAAGUCAGGCGUCACCAAAAUCUCUUUUGUCACCACUGGCGUCCUGUUGCGCCGUCUCCAGACAUCUGGAGGCAGCGCCGAAGAUGUCGUCGCCUCUUUGGCGGACGUCAGUCAUGUUGUGGUUGAUGAGGUGCAUGAGAGGUCGCUUGACACCGACUUCCUACUCGUGCUCCUCCGCGAUGUGCUGAAAGCCAGAAGAGACCUCAAGGUCAUACUCAUGAGUGCUACAUUGGACGCUGAUGUCUUCGCAGCGUACUUCGACUCUGUGGGACCUGUUGGCCGGAUAGAGAUACAAGGCCGCACACAUCCAGUUGAGGAUCUUUAUAUGGACGACGUCGUGCGCAUGACAGGUUUCGGUGGACGAGGUGCUGAUCUGGAUGAAGAUGAGAGCGGCUGGGAUGAGGGCUUGGCACCGACGUCGAUGGCAGGCAAACUAAGAAGCGUUGGUAUGAGGAUCAACUACGACCUCAUCGCACAAACCGUCAGAUAUAUCGAUGCAGAGCUGGGCAGCCAGGACGGCGGAGUUCUGAUCUUCUUACCCGGCACGAUGGAGAUCGACCGGACAAUACAAGCUCUAAGGAGCAUGCCAAAUAUCUACGCCCUUCCACUUCACGCAUCACUGCUGCCGGCUGAACAGCGCCGCGUAUUCCCCCCGGCUCCAAAGGGCAUGCGCAAGGUUAUCGCUUCUACAAAUGUAGCCGAAACUUCAAUCACGAUUGAAGACAUCGUUGCGGUUAUCGACACCGGCCGCGUCAAGGAGACAAGCUUCGACCCGCAGAAUAACAUGGUCAAGCUCGAAGAAGUCUGGGCCUCACGAGCGGCUUGCAAACAGCGGCGCGGCCGAGCUGGACGAGUCCGUGCAGGCAAGUGUUACAAGCUGUACACGCGCAAUGCCGAGAUGAUGAAGAUGGCGGAGCGGCCAGAGCCGGAGAUUAGGAGGGUGCCGCUUGAGCAGCUGUGCCUGUCCGUGAAGGCUAUGGGCGUGAAAGACGUAGCUGCUUUCUUGGCCGGCGCACUGACUCCGCCGGAGAGCCUGGCUGUUGAAGGUGCAAUAGAGCUGCUGGGUCGCAUGGGAGCCAUUGAUGGCGAGGAGAUGACAGCGCUGGGGCGGCAUCUAUCCACCAUACCGGCGGAUUUAAGAUGCGGCAAGCUCCUUAUCUACGGCGCGACCUUCGGCUGUCUAGAAGCCUGCCUCACCAUCGCCUCGAUCCUCACUGUCCGGAGCCCCUUCGUUUCGCCCCAGGCCAAGCGCGAAGAAUCGAAAGCCGCGCGCUCGUCCUUCAGCAACGGACAAGGCGACCUCAUCGCCGACCUAGCAGCCUACACUGAAUGGUCCGCCCUCCGCUCCAAAGGAGUCUCCAGACACGACCUGCGCGCCUGGUGCGAGCAAAACUUCCUCUCCAGCCAGACCCUCCAGGACAUCAGCACGAACCGCGCCCAAUACCUCUCUUCUCUCAAAGAAACCGGAUUCCUGCCCCUGACCUAUACCUCACCCUCCCCCACUUCCACUCCAACUUCGUACAACCGCCACAACACCAGCGUUCCUCUAAUCCGCGCCCUUGUGGCUGGAGCCUUCAACCCCCAAAUCGCGCGCAUCGAGCUCCCCGACCAAAAAUUCGCGGCCUCCGUCUCCGGCGCCGUAGCGUUGGACCCCGAAGCUCGGACCAUAAAAUACUUCAACCAAGACAACGGGCGCGUGUUCGUACAUCCCAGCUCGACGCUCUUCGACGCGCAGGCCUUUCCCGGCGGAGCGCGCUUCAUGAGCUACUUCACGAAGAUGGCGACGAGCAAGGUGUUUAUCCGGGAUCUGACGCCGUUCAAUGCGUACAGCGCGCUGUUGUUUUCCGGCCCGAUUGGGUUGGAUACGCAGGGGAGGGGGUUGGUUGUGGAUGGGUGGUUGAGGCUCAGGGGGUGGGCGAGGAUUGGGGUUCUGGUGUCCAGGAUGAGGAUGUUGCUUGAUGAGGUGCUGGCGAGGAAGAUUGAGGAGCCGGAGAUGGAUCUGGGGGGGAGUGAGGUUGUGGGAGUUUGUAGGCGGUUGAUUGAGCUGGAUGGGCUGGAUGCGUGA